AUGAAAGUGCACGUGUGGCAUGGGCACGGCUCUCUUUGCCAUGUGGAUCAUUGCCAUAGUGUACGCCACCUUAACGGACUGGGUGAGGCGCACGAAUCGACGCUCUACAGUGGUCGUGCGUCGGGCAGCGAACACACUGUGCGCUCUGGUAACCGCCGGAUGCCUCGUGGCCGUCGCGCAAUCCAGCUGUUCGCAAGUCGCUGUGUUGGUCUGGUGUUCCAUGGCGCUGGCACUGGGCUUGUCGGCUUCCUUCUCCACCUUCCUGGCCAAUGGCAUCGAACUGGCACCCAACCACGCAGCUGCAAUCGCCGGCGUCAGUGGCACUAUUGGCGCAGCUGUACAGGUGCUUUCGCCUCUGUAUGUGGCUUAUCUCACGGAUGGACAGGCCACCCUCGAGCGUUGGCGGAUGGUGUGGUACACGGCGGCCGUCGUGCUCGCGCUCACCAACUGCCUCAACUUCCUGAUGGUGUCGUCAAGGAACAGGUGUGGAACCGCCCCGUGGCCGUGCCCGUGUACCCGAAGCGCCAGUCGUCGUACCUGGCCACGCGGCGCACGAGGCUGUCCCCGCCGCCCCGCCCCGGCCCGUCGGCGGUGCGAGGGAACAAGAACCCCGCCUAUGUCUUCACCGAGGAGUUGUAGGGGCGGCGCUGAAGGAGGGAGGGUGGCCCGCCCUCCGUUUGUGGCUCUACCUCACGUGCGUCCUCCUGAGUGGAACAAAGACUUUCGUAGAAGGAUUAUCGCUCCUGGAAAGACAUUCGAGAGAUGCAACCGCCGUCUUCUUACACGAAGGAACGAGGCUCCCGUUUUCUUCUCGACAGGAAGAGCGACAAAGGUUUUUGUGCCAUGAAACGAAACUCAUCUUAUGAAUUAUUGUUGUUCAUUGACUUAUUAUACUCGAUAGAGACUUCU